CUGACCAGAUAAUAUUUAAAGAGCGAAUGUUUUUUAGCCACACAGGAAUUUAGAACAUAUAUUUUACGCAGUGGUCACGACACGGUGAACAAAAAAUCACUACAAUCUUUGAGACGAGAAGUUGAAAAUCUUAAUUAUUUGUCUUAUAUGCAAAUGGAAAACGCAGAUCGUGUUGGUUUGCCUUGUACGAUAAUGAAAUCUUGAAAAAUAGGAAAAAGAACGAUGUUACAUUGAUGUAUGUCCAUUAGUGAGGACCGUUAAUUAGGACUCAGAAGUGACCAUGAGACGUUCAUCAAAGGAAGACGACACUGCAGACGAGGCAGCAUCGUCUCCUCUGAACGUCCCGCCGUCAGACCAGCUCCCGCUUGACGAUGUUAUCAGCAAACUGGGCUUGGGUGUCUGGACGCUCAUGUACUUUGCCCUGGCUACAUUAAUCCCCAUGUCGAUGCUGGUAAACCUGCUGGUCGCCGAGUUCACCGCAGCAGAAGUGGAGUUCGAGUGCGACGUCAGACCAGCGCUCCAGAGCGUCUCUUCGUCUUCUCCCGACACUCGCACAUCCGAAGCCACCACUGCUGACGCCUUUCUUCAAGAUCAUGCUCAUUCUCACGCAUCACUCAGCAAAGAGUGUUAUAACAUAACGUCUACAAACAUGUCGGCUCCUUCGUACACGCCGUGCACGUCUUUCAUCUACAGCAACGAAACUUUCUCCUCUACCAUCACCACGGAAUUUGAUCUGGUAUGCUCGCGGGAGUGGCAGCGCUCGCUGUUCCAGAUGCUCUUCACGCUGGGAUGUCUGUGUGGCGCUCCCGUGGGUGGUGUGCUGGCCGACAAGUUUGGCCGGCAGAGGGCGAUGUGGUAUGGUUGCGUGGUUAUGGUGGUCUUAACUGUGCUCAUCACGGCCGUACCUAACCUGGCAAUAGUCUUCCUGAGUAGGUUCUUGCUGGGCUUUUUUACGGACAUCGUCUUCAUAGCAUCUAUAACUAUAGGUAUGGAGGUCUGCCCCAGCAAGUACCGCCACGUGUUCGGCACGGUCGAGAGCCUGCCGUAUGCGGUGAUGCUGCCGCUGCUCGCCGGCAUCGCCUUCCUCUGCCGGGACUGGCGACCUGUGCAGCUCUGGGCGUCCCUGCCGCUCUUCAUCGCCACCUGCAUCGCCUCGCCGCUCGUGCUGGACGAGUCGCCCCGGUGGUUGGUGUCCCAGGGGCGCCUGAAGGAGGCGCAGGCUGCGGUGCUGAGGGCGGGGCGCAUCAACAGAAGCAGUGAGCACCUCCCGCCCGACCUCUACGACGUCCUCAGCAAAACACACAAGGAGCAGCUGCGUCAGAGCAGCGCUGACAGCUCAGGGUCCCUGAAGUCGCACCUCAUGAGUCUGGUGGAGACGUCAGAGAUGCGAAGACUCACCCUCGUGCUGACGGUGUUGUGGUUCUUUGAGGGCACCUUGUAUAUCAGCCUGCCUCUCAGCGCCACCACCCACAAGUCGCCGUUCCUGUACCUGGCGCUGCUGGGGCUGCUGGAGGUGCCCGGCACACUCGUGGUCACGCCCCUGGGGGGGCGCUACGGCCGCAAGAAGGUGGGCUUCAUGUGCGCUGUUCUCACCGCCGCCAUCAUGCUCGCUCUGGCCGCUCUCAAGGCUGUGCAUUUCCAAGUAGAAUGGGUGGUGAUGGCGCUUGCUGUGUUCGCAUACAUCACGCUGGUGGGAGUAUCUCAGAUGACGCUGCUGCUGACAGCUGAGCUCUUCCCUACGACUGUACGCUCGCUGGGCUCCAGCGUCGGCUUCUUCAUGAACAACCUCGGCUACUGCGUGCCACCUCUCAUGGAGAUGCUGCUGCCAGAGGAGCAGCCUGAGCUGAUGCUGCUGGUGUACGGAGUGAUGUCGUUCGUGUCAGCGUGCCUGCUGCUCGCGCUGCCUGAGACCAACAACCUGCCUCUCUACGAGACCGUCGCCCAGCUCGUACAAGCUCGACGAAUGCGACAUUCUAAUAAACUCUCAGACCACACCGACUCUAUAGAACCUUAAGAUAAUAAUUAUAUGAUAAAGUUUAUUGUAGUUCGUUGUUUAUUCGUUUGGACUUUAUGAAGUUUUAGUGUUUCCAGAAUUUCAGGACUUUUUGGGUCGUAAAACAUUAGAACUGAAGGCCAGGAGUAUUUUAGUAUGUUCACUUUAUCGUAAGCUAUCUAUAUAGUAAACUAUAGUUCAUUAUAUUAUCAAUCUGUAGCAAAGUUUGCUAAUAAUGCUGUUACAUUUAUUUAGUGAGACAUUUGUCGACUAGCUUUCAAGUAUAAAAUAAAUUCAUGAUCUCGACUAAGGUGCGUGCAGUUAGCAAUCUGCAGUUUAGAUUUCGGGCCGGACCCUCAUACAUCCUAAAAUGUAUGUAUUUUUCAUAAUAACAAUAUGGUAACAAUUUUUCACACUUUCAACUUACUGCUAACAACAUGACCGAAGAUUCUCGAACCUCUUAUAGUAUCAAGGCUUGUGACGCCACUGCGAGAAAAGUGUUUUUUUUUUAUAGCACGAUUUUCGAGUAACGACCACUUGUCUGUCUUGUUGUCGGAAUAAUGUGCUGAGAUUAAACAAUUUUUUAAUAAGUUUACUUGUAAUCAUUAAUUAUAGCUCAUUUUUAGUGAUAUGAUAGGUAAAUAUAUUUCAGAAGUUUUAAGAUCACAAUCGACGAUCAUUUAUAUCCCGUCAGUUACACUGUUAGAAAAAUUACCGUUAACGGUAUUACCGGCGUUUCA